CUUAUCUACAUUUUCAAAAAACGGCCUCCACACUGUCAGUCAGUCUCUACAUGUGCAAUAUCCGCCACACACGAACCAUUUCAUCUACUCUCCCUUCAAACCAAAACCAUGCAUUCAUUGCACUCAAAAAAGAAGAAUAAAAAAAAGAGAGAAGAAGAACAGAGAUCCUUGCACCAAUGACUCUUUUCCUUUGAGUUAAUACAAGAGGAGAAAAACCAUCCAACCAAAACACCAAAUUCCUAUGUUUGAGGCUCUGAGGUGGUGUUUUCUGAAAUGGGUGUGAGCAGAUUUCCAUGGCUGCUCCUGCUCAGUUGGGUAUUUCUGAUUAUCUGUUUUAAAGCCUGUGGUGAUGGGUCAGAAGCCUCAGUGAAGUUCUUAAAAGCUCCUCUUCCUGUAUCUCCUUUGACUUCAGCUGCAUUUGUGUUUGAAGUUUCAGUUGGCGGGAAUGGAGAGGUUUGCAGAAACUGUAGUGUCAAAUGCAAGUUGGACAGCCAAACGUCGGCAGACUGUGAAGCUAGAGAGGUUUAUUAUACUGGCUUGAGUGAUGGAGAGCAUACAUUUGACGUCUGCAUCAAUGAGUCUCAAGGAGUUCGCUGUGAAAGCUAUAACUGGACUGUUGAUACAGUUGCCCCUACUGCAAGUGUUACAGCUGAAAGAUCUUUUACAAAUGCAUUGAAUAUCUCGGUCAAUAUUAUUUUCAGUGAACCAUGUACAGGCGGAGGUGGAUUUGGAUGUUCUUCUGUAAAUGCUUGUAAUCUUCUUGUGUAUGGUUCUGGCCAGGUUAUACCAUCUACCAUGAAGAUUCUUCAGCCAGGCCUGAAAUAUUCUCUUCUUGUGGGAUCAUCUCCUAAUGUGGAGUAUGGGCGCGUGAUACUGGUAAUGGAUAUAGGUUUCUGUACAGAUGCUGCUGGAAACUGGUUUACAAGAACCGCCAAUUCGAGUUACUUUUUACAUUUUGAUAGAAGAAGUGUAUUUGUGAACUUGAGGACUCAUGUCCCAGAAAAGCUACUUCAACUCAAUAGCGAGACUAGAACGGUUGAGGCAACUAACAAUGAGAAGUACCUAAAAGUCUACGUGUAUUUCUCGGAACCUGUUCUGAACUCGUCUGCUGAAAUUCUCAGUGUUCUACGCACGAGUAAUGGCUUCCUUCUUCCUACCAGUGGGAAGAGUCUUGGGAAUCGACGGUUUGGCUAUCUGGUGAAAAAUAUUUCACAGAUUGCUGUAGUAACUGUAAGCGUUGAAACUAGCUCUAUAAUCAGCAGACAGGGGACUCCAGUUUCUCCAACUGAACCAGUCUCUUUCCUUUAUGAUUCUGAAAGGCCUUCAGUGAGGCUGAGCACAACAUCGACCAUGAGGACUAGAGAAUGCAGUGUACCAGUACUCAUAAAGUUUGUGAAGCCAGUGUUUGACUUCAACGCUUCAGCCAUAUCAAUCUCGGGAGGACAUUUGAAGAGUUUCCAUGAAGUUAGUAGGAGCAUAUAUACAGUAGACAUACAUGCAGAUGGCAAUGCUUUAUCUGUUAACGUUCCUGAAAAUAUAACUGGAGAUGUUGCAGGGAAUAGGAAUCUGGCAUCAAAUCUUCUACAAGUGAGGCAUUAUUCUGUACCAAUCAUAUCUUCUGUACUUUCCACCUUCACAACUGCUGCUUUUGCGGCAACAUCUGUCGCUGCCGCACUACUCACAGUUUCAACCGCGAGCCUUCAAUCACUUGGGAUGCUUAGCAGACCAUCUUUGACAUCAGACCCAUCAAGAAAUCUCAUUAGGAUAGCGUGUCACAUUCAGGUCUUUGCACUGUCGAAAUGGUUAGCGGUUACUAUGCCCGUCGAGUAUUACGAAUUUGUGAGGGGCUUACAAUGGAGUAUACCUCACCUCAGUCUCCCUUGGGAAAGUGGGCAAGUCCACUCAAUCAUGGUAGAUUCGACUUCCCCUCUUACUUCUCGUUCUGGAAUGUUCGGGAAACAUGAAUUGGGAACUUCUAAAAGCUCACUCUCAGGAACUGGGAAAGUGGAAAUGGAUGCUUCCUUGUCUGGAUUGCCACUUACUCCAGUGGAGUACUGUUCAUUUUUUGAGAGCCAAGAUAUGAAACCUGAGGCGGACUUUAUCCGCGAUUUCCAGAACUCGAAUCGGUGGAACGAUUUCCAUCGAAACAUAUUCUGGUUAGCUGUUAUUGGUGGCGGAUUGAUUCUGCUCCACCUCCUGAUUCUUUCUAUUUUGAAGUUCCGAAGGAAGGAUUUAGAAAAGCAAAAAAUUUACGGAGCAAUUGUAUUUCCAAGAUUUGAGAUAUUCCUGAUAAUCCUCGCAUUGCCAUGCGCCUGCCAAGCAUCUGCAGCAAUAAUCAGAGGAGGAUCGACCACUGGUGUCAUAGUUGGCAUUCUUCUGUUGGGCAUUACGUCUUUUCUACUAUUGUCAUUACUGUUAUUCCUCUCCAUUGGAAUUACAAUGGGUAAGCUACUUCAGUACAAGGAAGUUCAUCAAGAAGGCCAAAAAAUCCAUUGGUAUCAAGACAUUGUGAGAGUGACGCUGGGUCCCGGCAAGAAAGGCCAAUGGACUUGGAAAAACCAACCAAACUCCGUCUAUCUAACAAUGCUGGGCCCCUUGUUUGAAGACCUCCGUGGCCCACCAAAGUACAUGCUCUCACAGAUCGCCAGCGGAAAUCCCGGCAAACAUGGGGACCGAAUCAUUGCCUCCGAUGACGAAACGGAAGAUGCGGAGGCACCCUUCAUCCAGAAGCUCUUCGGCAUUCUCCGAAUCUACUACACAUUGCUAGAGUCUGUGAAAAGGGUCGCUCUUGGAAUCGUGGCUGGUGCAUAUCUAGUUGACUCAUCUUCCAAGUUCCCGACAUUUGUUAUGCUGUGCAUUACAUCGUUUCAGCUCUUUUUCCUUGUUCUGAAGAAGCCUUUUAUAAAGAAGAGGGUGCAGUUCGUGGAGAUCCUCUCUGUCGCAACUGAAUUAGGCAUUUUUGCAACAUGUUUCGUUCUCUUAGAGAAGGAAUUCUCCGCUGUGGGUGAGAAAAGGGUUGGAAUCAUAAUGGUAUUGCUGUUCAUUAUUGGAUUCUUGGCUCAGAUGAUCAGCGAAUGGCAUGCAUUGUAUGGUCAGAUAAUGCAACUGAGCCCAGUCAAGAAUUCCUUUUUCUCGGGCUUGAAAGCAGCUUCGAUCGGAUUCCUAUUGAUUUUGGUCCCCAGGAAGCUGUUAGAGAAUUGGGAUGAAGGGUUCCCAUCGAAGAUUGGAGAUGGAGAAACCGCUUCUUCUGGCGAUCGGAACAGAAGCUCAGAUAGCAGAAGCUCAGGAGAGAGGCCAUGGCUGAAACAACUACGUGAGCUGGCGAAAGCUAGCUUUAGUAGAGACGACGGGGGAGCUGUGAACGACCCUUCGACCAGUCAGACGAGAAGUGGGUUUUGGUCUGGCAAGAGAAGCGGGAGCUCAUCUGUAACAGCAUCCGCAGACUUCAAGAUGAGACCAAGAGGACUGUAUAAAGAUUUGGAGGCCAUUUUCUCUUCCAAGUGAGCUUUGGCCGUUAUUAGUAACUGUUGGAUUGUAGAGGUUUGCUGUUCCUACAUGAGUGCAUGGCCCAGCCCAUCUACAUGCCAAGUUGUCUCACCUGCGCGAGAUCCCAACCACCCAUCAGGUGGGCCCCACCAUUGAGAUUCCUUGGUCCAAUAGCCAGACCAGUCCUCCCUUCAAACGAGCAACAAUCUACACGAAUGGAUGGAAACAAUUUUAAAAAACAAGUUUUAAAAGCCUCCCAUCUGUUUUUUGCACACUGUGGCCCUCCUGAUGAUUAGAUUGGCAUGAUUUCAGACCCAGUUCAUAUGGUGGGCUCCAUAUGAUGGAUGGAUUGGAUAUUUAGCACACUGGCAGGUAAAUAGCCUGGGCUAUAUGGGAGUGGGAUUAGCAAACCUCAUCUUUGAUUUUUUAUGGGAUUAGCAUGUAACAAUUCUUUUCUAGCUUUUCAUCUAUAUGAGAUCUAUUUACAGUGGGGAGAGGGGUGUUUGGAAUGUAGUCUUCUAAACAUGGGGGUCUUUUUCUGAUUUACUUACAAGUUUAAAAAUAAAGAAGUGGUGGCUUCUAAAUGGCCAACCUGAUAGUCAGCUCUAACAAUAUAUGUCUAAUGAAGAAUGUAGGUGCUAGAUGUACUUCAUCAAUGAAUUGUAAGGUCACAUGGGUAUUUCUGUUA